UUAUUGUUUUACUGUAGCAAAGUAGGGUGAACUCAUUAAUACGGGGAAACUAGCAAAUAAAUAUUACACGGAGGCAUAGUCCCAACUCUAUGGUCAAGUUAUGUGAAGCCACUUUGUUUAUGUAUAUAACAGCCACGCUAAGACGUAAACAAAACAACCAAAAAAUUAUUAUACUUAUAGCUUUUAUCUUCAAAUGCAUGUUUUCAGUGUAACGUUUUUGUUCUUUUGAUUUAGAUCUCUCUAUAGGAUUCUUCAACUUUCUACAAUCAAACAAAAAUGGCGAAGAAACCGAAACACCUCCGUAAUCAGCCGCGUAAAUCUUUUUCGACGCAAGCUUUCACAGUUCUCAUACUUGGACUCUUUGUCAUUUUGAUCCUUGUCGGUCUCGGAAUCCUUUCACUACCUAACACCAACAAGAGCUCUUCUAGGCCGAUGGAUUUGACCACCAUUGUACAAACGAUCGAGGAGAGUAGGGAGAGUUAUGGAGACGAAGAAGACGGUAAUGGUGACCGCUGGCUCGAAGUUAUCUCGUGGGAGCCUAGAGCUUUCGUUUACCACAAUUUCUUGACAAAUGAAGAAUGUGAGCACUUGAUUAGCCUAGCGAAACCUAGUAUGGUGAAAUCAAAGGUGGUUGAUGUGAAAACCGGAAAGAGCAUAGACAGCAGAGUACGAACCAGUUCAGGAACUUUUCUUAAAAGAGGACAUGACGAAAUCGUGGAAGAGAUUGAGAAUAGGAUUUCAGAUUUCACCUUCAUUCCUAUAGAAAAUGGAGAAGGGCUACAAGUUCUCCAUUAUGAAGUUGGGCAGAAAUAUGAGCCUCACCAUGACUAUUUCUUCGAUGAGUUCAAUGUCAGGAAAGGAGGACAACGAAUUGCUACAGUACUUAUGUACCUCUCGGAUGUUGAUGAAGGCGGCGAAACAGUUUUCCCUGCAGCCAAAGGAAACAUUAGUGAUGUCCCAUGGUGGGACGAGCUCUCACAAUGUGGUAAAGAAGGACUCUCUGUUCUGCCAAAGAAGAGAGAUGCUUUACUCUUCUGGAGCAUGAAGCCUGACGCCUCUCUAGACCCUUCUAGUUUGCAUGGUGGUUGUCCAGUGAUCAAAGGAAACAAGUGGUCAUCAACUAAAUGGUUUCACGUUCACGAGUACAAUUGACUUGAACAAAAAGAAGAUAGCUUUUGAAGAGAUUUCUAUGAUCCCACCAACAUGUACUAGUAUGUGUAUCAUUGUCAAUUUCAUCCUGAUACGUCUCUCAGAAGCUCUCAAACGCUGCACCAUCAAAACCACUUUCUGCCCUUUUAAGUUAAAUCUUAUUGAUACACAUAAUAAAUAAAUACGUAUGUAUACGAACAAUUUUCCUUUUGGUGUGUAAGAAUCCCAACGAAUAAUUGAUUGUGUUUUAAUUAGAUGAAACAAAAAGAAGACACAAGUUUUUUUUUUGUUAAACAAAAAGAAACGUGAAAAUUUCUUUUGUUAUGUUAAAAUUAUACAGGUGAGUUACUCACCACACUUUUCGACUCUUUCCAACAAUCUACUGUUGAGUUUUUUUUUUUUACC